UAAUUUCUGUUUUAUUUUAACAGAAAUUAAAUGUUGACAUCAGCAGAUAUGUAACCACAUCUUCCCUGGCCUAUUUGUUUACUUACCUAUUUGUCAGGUUUGUUGAACGAGCACAUAAUUCCACACUUUGAAUAAUUUCAGAAAUAGAAACAGAACGCCCGUGUCAGCAUUAAAACUACUUAAACAAACCACACGUGUUAUUCCAUUUAAUGUCACCUCACUCAUUACUGCCACCUGUUGCAAUAACACAGUUCCUGUUAUUUUCUUUUUUUAAAUUUCUUUAUUUCCUCGUUUUUCUUCUUCUCUUCAGUUGUUUUCUUUUUAUUCUCAUAAUAAAGUAUUCGUGAACAUAAGAACAGGUCAAAACCUUGAUGAAUAUAUAUUACAUAUGAUAUAUGUUAUAUAUUUUAAAUUUGUGUAUAAUUUAAACACUGCAGUGGUCGGAUAUUGUGCGGUAGGUGGCGGUAACUGUGUGUAGAUGAUCUUCAGUCCGCGGAGGAAGAAGGAGUGAACUGGCUGUGUUUUAUUUUCAGCACUGCUCUGUGUUUUUGGGUUUUUGGAUCAGAUGAGCUCUAAACUCUGACUUCAGGCCCUGUUUAAACUCAGAAUCUCCUGCUAUGUAUCACAACAGCUCCCAGAAAAAAUACUGGACGUUUGACAAUGAAGCACCAUUGGAGCAGAUGAGGCAUGAAGCUAACCAGAAGUAUCGCUCAAAAGCCAUCAGCCUCAGAAAGCCUGGAAUAAACGAUUCUUCGUUUCUUGAUCCCCGUGAGGAGAAAGUGCUUUUCAGACACUAUGAGAAGAGACUGCUGGACUUCUGCUCAGUAUUUAAACCUGCCAUGCCCAAAUCCGUGGUGGGCACAGCUUGUAUGUAUUUCAGAAGAUUUUAUCUAAACAACUCUUUAAUGGAGUACCACCCAAGGACUAUAAUGCUGACCUGUGCAUACCUGUCCUGCAAGGUGGAUGAGUUUAAUGUUUCCAGCACUCAGUUUGUGGGGAAUCUUCAGGAGAAUCCCGCCAGUCAGGAGAGAGCACUGGAGCAGAUUCUGGAGUACGAGCUUCUCCUAAUCCAGCAGCUCAACUUUCACCUGGUGGUACACAACCCCUAUCGGCCUAUGGAGGGCUUCAUCAUAGACCUGAAGACUAGGUAUCCGAUGUUAGAGAAUCCAGAAAUGCUGAGGAAGAACGCAGAUGACUUCCUUAACAGAGCUGCAGUGACGGACGCUGGGCUUCUGUUCUCACCUUCGCAGAUCGCUCUGACGGCUGUUCUGAACAGCGCGGCUCGUGCUGGACUCAAAAUGGAAACAUACCUUACCGAAUGCAUGGGCCUGAAAGAUGACAAGGAGACCCUCUCAAAGAUGUAUGAUGCAAUGAGGCGAAUGACAAUUCUCCUUAAGGAAUAUGAGCUUCCCAGACCAGAGGAAGUUAACGUCUGCAAGCAGAAACUGGAGAGGAUUCAUGCUGAAUUCGCCCAAACUACAAAUCUGAAAAGGAAACAUGGCUAUGAAGAUGAUGACCACGUUGUGAAAAAGCCCAUGAUUACUGAGGAGGAGUGGACUGAUGAAGACCUGGAUGCUUUGUGACAGUGUGAUCAUGUGAUGCUCUGAGAAAAUGUGAUGUUAAAGAAUUUAAAAUAUAUAUAUAUAUUUUUUUGGUGUUUUGUAAAUACCUAGACAGUAUUUGUCCAUGGUUGUCAUGCCGAUUUAUUUACUUUACUGAAAAUAAAAAUUUUGUACGUAAUGUUUCA